UUUGCGAGAGAGGGUCGCACAAGGAUGGAGCGUGUUUUCGACUUAGUAACUCGCCUGCGGCGCAGCAAACAGAUUUGGCUGAGACGAGUCCUUUGGCGACACACGUCGAAGAGGUGGAAUGAUGGUUACGCAAAAGGCGAGGCGAGAUCGAAGUAGGUACCGAGCUUUACUGUUUGCGUCUAUGGGUGACGUUUACUCAUCGACCUCUGAAAAGGCAACGAAUGAGGUUUGGUGUAAGAGAGAGGGAAAGCCUUUGGGAAAGGUGGGAAAGAGAGAUGAACGGAAACAAAACAAUAGCAGGCUUAGGGUUCAUGGAGCAACACUUGGAUCAUCUCCCGCUCGCUCUCUCUUCUCUGGGAACGCCAGGACUGCGGACGGUAGGGGAUCGAUAUAUGUCCUUAUCCCUCCGGGCGACGGACCGUUGGGACGAAAGAGUGCGGGAGGGGAGGCAGACGGUGGCAGACGGUGGAAGUGGGAAGCGUCAAACCAUCGCGGGGAGGCGUCCGUGCAAAAUAAUUGGGAACGAGAGCUAGCGGCCUCGAAGGCGGAACGCCAUGAUCAGACUUUCUCGAGUUACCUCACCUCGUCCACAAGUCGCUCGCGAGAUGGAACUCCAGGGCCUAGGGGGGGAGGUAGAAAAGGACCCAAUUUGGCGCAAGGGAAGAAGAAGCGAAGAGACCAACAACCGCAGACGCGGCGCGGCGGCGGCGGCGGAGGAGGUGGAGGUCACUGGUGGGGGGGGGGACAGGAGGAACCUGAGGGACCUCCCUCAGGGUAGAUCAAGGGAGGAAGAAGGCGUCGUCACUAAGAGAGUCUAGUACGCUUCGUCUAGGGGCCGCUCGGUGGACUCGUGGCGCUGAGACUCGGGGUCGGGCUGGCCUUUGCUCGCAAUUUAUUUUUCUUAUUCUUCGUUUAAGGUAGCUUUCGGGGCGCGAACGUCCACGAGGCUUCUUCCCCAGAGACAACACUUGUGGCAGAAAUCUGGGACAUACGGGGGCGCGAACGUGGCGUGACGGCGAAGAAAAAAGUA